GUGUGCAAUAUUUACAUGUGCCUAGUUGGUGGACAACCUUGGGGACAGCAAGAAUCCAUGACCUUGGGUUUGCCAUAUGAUAUUACGGCCGGCUGGUGCGCACCCAUCAAUCCGAUAGAUCGACUAGUUUUAUGGCGUCCAUUCAUGGAACAAGACCAAGACUGAUGUUUUUUUGAGGGAAACUGACGUGAUGUUGAACCCGCUCAGCUCGCACCUAUGAUUCAAACCAACUCGUCUGGCUAGCAGUCUUGCUUAAAAACUGUUGCGUAAUAGCUGAACUAUAGGUAGCUCCCUUAAGAAUGACAUUUCGUGAUAAGCGAUGGUGCUUCCCAAUCGUAUCCAUUUUUCUCUUGCGAGUAAAAUUGAUUCUAUUGUAGAUUUCUUACAAUUUUGCUAUUAUGCAUGGAGAAAAUAAGCCCGAACUUCACUGCCAAAGGACAAACGAAAAACAUUAUACGAAAUAAUCAUUUUGAUGUUUCGUAGCAGAUCAGCUCCCCCGCCAUGUGGAGUGAGAGCACACAUAAGCAUGGUGGUGUCGUUAUAUAGGCGCAGGUCCAUUGAUAUUUACUAUCAGUAACACCAGUGCACAUCUUAGAGUUUUCAGAACUAGAGAACAUGCGAUUGCUUAUUUAAGGUCUAUGGAAAUCCUUGCAAAGGUAACUACUCUGAGAACCGGACAUUAUUGUAGAUCAUGGGAAAAAAAGAGAACAGGAAAAAACUGGAAAAAAUAAGUAGAUGAGAGAGGUACCAUAUAAGUCCUCAUAAUCAUUUUUAUGUGAGAUGAUCUUUUGUAGGUUACAUCAUAUUUCAUGUGUUUAUUGCUUAUAUGUGAGAUAUGAUUCCCUGCCUCUCAUGCUUGUGCAUUCACUAAUAUCAGCUAGAGGAUCCAUGCAUAUUGCUUUAUAGUGAGAUGGACAUCACUUUUGCUCCUUGUGCUUCACAUAAAUCUUUCAAGAGCUUGAUUUUUGGUAAUUCCACAUAUGCUUCAUUUAGUUAUACCAUUUGAGAGCCAAUCUCCAUUAGAGUUUUUGUGUGUGCAUUGCUGUGUACAUGGGGAAGAAAGUCAUUGUUAACAUUGGGAGCUCGGUCACCAAGGUUUUAAAUCGUGUUUUUCAUGGCAUCGCGGUGAGGUCCGGCCUAUAGCUAUGCCAACCAUCGUGUUUUCCAAAGUAAAAGAGAAAAAAGCAAGUGCCUAACAAAAAAAAUGUUGGUUAAGUAGGGAAUAAAGAGAAUCAAUCUUUUAACUAAUUAACAUAUGGAUGGACGGUUUAUUUUCUUUCAUGGUUAUGUCAUCAUGCAUGAGUGUCAUGGCAAUCGCCUUGAAGCAGUCGCCACUAGCCGAAGCUCCAAGACAAAACAACCACAUAAGAAAGAUUUGAUGCUACAUUGUUAGAGUUUCUGUUUUCUAAUGUUAUUUAGUUAUAUACAUCGUCGUUUUGGAUUAAAUUUACAUGUACAAAUGGUUGGAUGCUAUUUUUUGCCCAUGCUUAGUAAUAGCUUUAGCUAUAGCUGAUGGCAAACUAUAUAUAUAUCAAAUAGCGCAGCUAUCUGAGGCUGCAGCGUCCGUAGCUAGCAAUUAAAAUCAUUGUCGAUCACCAUCACAAUCGAAAACAGCUAAACAGCUAGCUAGCUUUGAGUGCAUAUUUUUUUAUCAGAUGGGGACAAAGGCUAAUUAACAAGCCAGCCUGGAAGGUUGAUACAGAGUUGUUAAGCUAGAGCGAUGCUAUACAUACGAUACGAGACGACAGUUGAAAUUAAUAUGCCCUUUGUCAAUUGCUUUGAAUGGAGCAGAACAAAGGCACAUUGUUGGAUUGGGAUCGUACAAGAGUCACAUCUUUAAAUAUCGUACGUAAAUUAGUUCCGGUAAAGAUAUUAGUUUACUUCAAAUGAUGCAUUGGCUGUUAAAGCUACGCACGCGGAUGAUCUGAUUAUAUACUUUGAAUCAUCGAGCCAAUACUUUGCCCCCGUGUCUUACGGAUCUGGCCGGCCACUUGUUUUGUCUAAUUAAUUAGCUGUUUCGACAGCAUAGCUCAUGGAUGGGUUUUUCCUUUAAGACUGCCAUCCCUCUCCUGGUGCUGACCAGCUCCUGAUCUGUAGCUACACCUCCGACCACACGAGAAAGAAGACACACCUAUCCAAGGGAGAAGGAAGAGAGAGGUAGCAUCAUGGCGGACCGACUGGCGGUUGGGUUGGCGAAAUCGGUGGUGGUGGGGGCGAUCAGCAAGAUCGAGUCGGCGAUCGAGGAGGACACCAAGCUCCGGCAGAAGGCGCACUGUGACCUUGUGUCCAUCACUCUCGAGUUCGAGAUGAUUCAGUCCUUCCUUGACGUCGCCAAGGAGGAGAGCAUCAUGAAUAAUAUGGUGAGGACCUGGGUGAGGCACGUCCGUGAAUUGGCCUAUGACCUCGAAGACUGCAUCGAGUUCGUUAUCCAUUUGGAUAGCAAGCGAAUAUUCUGGCGCCGGUUGUUCAAGCCUUGCAUGGCACUGGCAGGCCGGUCGCUGCCACUGGACCAGGCCGUCGAGGAUUUAGCAGAGCUCAAGGGCAGAGCUGACGAGUUGAGCAAGUGUUACUUGCGCUACAGCAACAUCACCGGCUCUGUUGCCUCCAAGUUGGUCAUGAUGCAGAAACAACAAGGAGUCUCCAGCGCAAUAGCACUCGAUAUGCUCCUCAAGGCAAGGGAUGCCGCGGAUGGGCAGAAAUGCACAGGGGAUCUCACCCAGCUGAUCACUCAAAAUGGUCAUCCCAAUGGUGACCUCCAAGUUAUCUCGGUGUGGGGAUCAGAAGGCAACCAUGGGACCACAUCUGUCAUCAUGACGACCUACAAUGCCUCAGAGAUCCGCAAUAGCUACACCUACAGGGCCUGGGUGAAGCUCAUGCGUCCGUUCAAUCCACAUGACUUCGUCCGCAACUUGAUGGCUCAGUUCUUCGAAAGCUGUUUCAAAGAACAAAGAGCAAGCACCAUAGGUGUACAAGUCCUAACCAAGAUGGAUCAGGCCACCCAAUCUCAAUCAGAUCUCCGCAAGGAGUUCGAGCAGCUGGUUACAGAGAAGAGGUACCUCGUUGUCUUGGAAGAUCUCUCAAACAUGGCAGAGUGGCAUGCUGUCAGGACCUUUCUUCCUCACAGUAAGAACGGCAGCCGCAUCAUUGUGUCCACAAAGGAGUCAGAAAUGGCAUGCUUGUGCAUUGGCGAUUCUUACCAGAUAUUGGAGUUGAUGCACUUCUCACCCGAGCACUCUGUUUGUGCCCUCUUCAAGAAGGGUUCUAGUAGUGGCGAUGAAGAUAAAGGCAAGAAACCAAUGGUGCAGGGUUCAAUCCUCAUUGGACGUGAGUCACAAAUGAAUGAACUUCGUAAAUAUCCAGCAAUUGCACGUAUGUCAUCUUCCCAAGUUAUGUCUGUCUGGGGGAUAGCAGGUGUGGGGAAGUCAGCCCUCGUCAGAGACUUGUGCAAUAUUGAUGACACAAAGCAACCUGAAGAGAAACUAUUUAAUAGGUAUUGUUGGGUGAAUGUAUCUCAUCCAUUCAAUUUGAAGUACUUCUGUCAGGAUUUACUUUCGGAUUUUCACUCAGAAAAAGAUCCCAUUAAAGAGUGUCACCAGCUUCUAAUACAAGACCGUUGUCUCAUUGUUAUUGAUGGUAUACGCUACAAAAAGGAAUGGGAUUUGAUAAAAAAAUCCAUGGUACCUAGAUCCUCUAAGAGUGUUAUCAUUGUCAUUACAACUGAAGCAAGUAUAGCCACAUACUGUGCAAAUAACAGACAGCUCGUGUUCAAUGUCAAAGGUCUAGAAGCUGCUGCAGCCUUUGAUCUCUUCAAACAGGAGGUACGCAAGACCUCACUCAAGCUGGAGACACCAUCAGCGGAUCCAUCAUCCUCACUCAAGCUGGAUACACCAUUGAGGGAUCCAUCAUCCUCACUCAAGCUGGAUACACCAUCGGGGGAUCCAUCAUCCUCACUCAAGCUAGAUACACCAUCGGAGGAUCCAUCAUCCUCGCUCAAGCUGGAUACACCAUCGGGGGAUCCAUCAUCCUCACUCAAGCUAGAUACACCAUCGGAGGAUCCAUCAUCCUCGCUCAAGCUGGAUACACCAUCGGCGGAUCCGUCAUCCUCACUCAACCUGGAUACACCAUCGGCGGAUCCAUCAUCCUCACUCAAGCUGGAUACACCAUCGGCAGAUCCAUCAUCCUCUGUAGUAGAUUGGUGUGAAGCUGAGGAGGUUAAAGAACUAAUUUUGAAGUGUGGAGGCCUUCCCAAAGUGAUAGUUGCUAUAGCAUGUGCACUGGCCAAACAGACAGUCACACGGAUGGAUACAAUUCUUGCUUUGAAUCGGAGACUUAUGCACCACCUGGAGACCGAGCCGGACUAUGAUAGUCUACACGAUUUAUUUGGUUGGAUGCAUUCCUACUUCCGUACCUGCCCAGAUUCUCUCAAGCCGUGUAUCUUCUACAUGUCAAUUUUUCCUCAAGGCCAGAUCAUAAGGCGGAGGCGACUAAUAAGGCGCUGGAUUGCAGAGAGCUACUCCAGGGAAGACAAUGAAGAAUCUGCAGAGGAGAACGGAGAGCGGCAAUUCUCUGACCUCCUUGAUCUGAGCAUGAUACAGCAGGUACCACAGCUAGUCACCACCGCAGAAUUCAAUGACAGAAAGAUGGCCUUGUGCAAGUUCAACAGUUUCAUCCGUGAGUACAUCAUCCCGCUGCGGAAAGAAGAAAACCUUGUGUUUGAGCUGGGGGGUAAUUGUGCAUUAACCACCCAGCGCACAGGGCGUCACCUCGUCAUAUUGGACGACUGGGACAGAGACAGAAUUGUAUUUGAGAACAUCGACUUCUCACGGCUGCGAUCACUCACAGUGUUUGGGAAGUGGAAAUCAUUCUUCAUAUCUGAGCGUAUGAAGCUGCUUCGGGUCCUUGAUCUGGAGGAUGCAACAUCAGAUAUAACGGCUGGCGAUCUCAAGAAGGUAGUGAAACGGCUGUGUCGCCUCAAGUUCCUCUCUCUCCGAGGGCAUACUGAGAUCGAUCAUCUACCAAGUUCAUUAGGGGAUCUCAGGCAGCUCCAGACCUUGGACGUCAGGGACACCUCCAUAGUGACUCUGCCUGCGAGCAUCACCAAGUUAAAGAAGUUGCAGUACAUUCGUGCCGGCCGUGGCACCACCGUCUCAGCACUACCUGCUUCAUCCUGCUGGUUGCCCGAUUUCUGCAAGUGCCGUCAACUAGUUGGUGUUCAAGUGCCCGGGGAAAUUGGGAAUCUGACAGGGCUGCACACGCUCGGUGUUGUCAAUGUCGCUGCUUCAGGGGGGAGGGCUGCCAUAAAAGAGAUCAAGAAGCUCAGCCAGUUGCGGAAGCUCGGAGUGUCCGGCAUCAACAAACAUAGCAAAGACUUCUUCUCUGCAAUCUCGGUUCAUGUGCAUCUGGACUCCUUGUCAGUGCAGAUGGACAUUGAAGGCUGCUUGGAUGAUAUCCUCCUGCCUCUGAAGAACCUGCGGAGCCUUAAAUUGUAUGGACUCGGUAACAAGUUGCCAGAGGGGAGCGGCCAGCUUAGCAAGCUCCAAAAAUUGGAUUUGGAGAUGGACAGUUUAACAGAAAAUGACAUGACGCUCCUUGGCGAGCUGCCACAGCUAUGUAUUCUUCGGGUCAAGCAGCUUCAAGAUGGCGAGCUUCAUUUCCAUGUCAUUAGGAAUGGACUUGAGGACCACUCAUUUGAAAAGGUCAAGGUCCUCCAUAUUGCUUCUGGUGGCAGCUCCAGCAGCUUACAUGUGAAAUUUGGAUCAGAAACAAUGAAGAAACUCGAGCUGCUCAAGGUUGACUGCUGCGGUGGAUCGCCGACAUAUCAGUUCUCUAGCCUGGAGAACCUAGAAGAACUCAAGCAAGUCUUGCUAGUGAACGGUUCCAACGCUCAAGCACUGAAGGAACAACUUGAAAGCCAGCUUGCCGAGCAUCCAAACUUGGUGAAACCUGUUGUGGAGCUGGAGGAACCACCACACUCGUCCUGAAGUAUCAUUGUCUUUGUUUAUUUUCCCAAGUGUUCCUCUAUCUACUAUCCUACCAGCUCUACCCAGUCCUCUUUGUUAUUCCUUGUUGGUUUCUUCAAAGCUUUUGUACAUGGGUUAUGUUGGUUAACUCCAUUGUGAUAUGUGUUUAAUUGAUGUGCAGUUCGCAGGACUAUCAUACAUGUGUUGGUUGGAGUUACCACUAAAAAUAUAUUCAAAUUAUGCCCAUCUUUAUGUUUC